UCAAAGGGUCAGAUUGUUUUCAUUCAAGUACGAUGGCUUCUUCUUCUCCAGUGAAGUAUGAUGUUUUUCUUAGUUUUAGAGGUGAGGAUACACGUUAUGGCUUUACGAGCCACCUGAAUGCAGCUUUGUGUCGGAGAAAGAUUGAAACUUUCAUCGAUUACGAACUUAAAAGAGGAGAUGAGAUUUCACCUUCUCUUUUGAAGGCAAUUGAAGAUCCAUCAGAUGUACGGAAGCAGACGGGGACUUUUGGAGAUGCGUUUGCUAUGCAUGAAGUACGAUUUAGGGACAGACCAGAGAUGUUGCAGAGAUGGAGGAUUGCAUUGACGGAAGCCGGCAAUCUGUGUGGCUUUGAUUCAAAUGCCAUCAGGCCCGAAUCGAAACUUAUAGAGACAAUUAUUGAACAUAUUUUGAAGAUUUUGAAUGAUAAGUCUUCUAUUGAUAAUAAGAACUUAGUUGGAAUAGCAAUCAAGAUCGAGAAAAUUAAAUCUUUAUUGUUUGAAGGGUUGACUGAAGUAUGCAAGGUAGGAAUAUGGGUUAUGGGUGGUAUAGGCAAGACGACUCUUGCCAAUGCCGUCUUCAAUGAAAUAUCAAGUGAUUUUGAAGCUUCUUGUUUUAUUCCAAAUGUUAGGGAAGCAUCAAAUAAAAAUCAACUACCCCAUUUGCAAAAAGAACUUCUUUCUACAAUAUUGGGGGGUGCACACCUUGAUAUAAGGCUCACUUUCACAAAAGAAAGGCUCGGACGUGAAAGAGUUCUUAUUGUUUUUGAUGAUGUGACAGAUUUGAAACAAGUAAGAGAAUUAAUUGGAGAUCUUGAAAACUUGGGUAUUGGAAGUGGAAUCAUUAUAACUACAAGGGAUAGACAGGUGCUUAAAAAUUGUGGAUUGAAUGAUUCUAUCAUAUAUGAGUUUACUUGA